GAUAUUCUUUUAAAGAAUUAUUGAAGACGAAGUUUUUAUUUUUGUUUGUUUUUAAUGGCUUUUCAGAAUCUUAAGUAGAAUACAGUUUGGCAUGAUGACAAAAAAUGUUGGUUUGACUUCCACAAAUACAGAACUGAGAGGAUUUAUAGAUCAGAAUCUCAGUCCAACAAAAGGUAACAUUUCAUUUGUUGCAUUUCCAGUUUCCAGCACCAACUCACCAACAAAGAUUUUACCAAAAACCUUAGGACCAAUAAAUGUGAAUGUUGGACCCCAAAUGAUUAUAAGCACACCACAGAGACUCACCAGUUCAGGAAGUGUUCUGAUCGGGAGCCCGUACACUCCUGCACCCGCGAUGGUCACUCAGACGCACAUCGCAGAAGCUGCUGGCUGGGUUCCCAGUGAUAGAAAACGGGCUAGAGAAUUUAUAGAAUCUGAUUUUUCAGAAAGUAAACGAAGCAAAAAAGGUGAUAAAAAUGGAAAAGGCUUGAGACAUUUUUCAAUGAAAGUGUGUGAAAAGGUUCAGCGGAAAGGCACAACGUCGUAUAAUGAAGUAGCUGAUGAGCUGGUGUCGGAGUUCACCAAUUCAAAUAAUCACUUGGCUGCGGACUCGCAGGCUUAUGAUCAGAAGAACAUUAGGCGAAGAGUUUAUGAUGCCUUAAAUGUGCUAAUGGCAAUGAACAUAAUUUCAAAGGAAAAAAAAGAAAUCAAAUGGAUUGGUCUGCCUACCAAUUCCGCUCAGGAGUGUCAGACCCUGGAGAUAGAGAAGCAGAGGCGGAUAGAACGGAUAAAGCAGAAGCGGGCCCAGCUGCAAGAACUUCUCCUACAGCAAAUUGCUUUCAAAAACCUGGUACAGAGAAAUCGACAAAAUGAACAGCAAAACCAGGGCCCUCCAGCGCUGAACUCCACCAUUCAGCUGCCGUUUAUAAUCAUCAAUACCAGCAGAAAGACAGUUAUAGACUGCAGCAUCUCCAGUGACAAGUUUGAGUAUCUUUUUAACUUUGACAACACCUUUGAGAUCCACGAUGACAUUGAAGUGCUGAAGCGCAUGGGCAUGUCCUUCGGCCUGGAGUCCGGCAAGUGCUCCCUGGAGGACCUGAAGCUCGCUAAAUCGCUGGUGCCAAAGGCUUUAGAAAGUUAUAUCACAGAUAUCUCCACAGGACCUGCUUGGUUAAAUCAGGGACUACUUUUGAACUCCGCCCAGUCCGCAUCAAAUUUAGACUUGACCUCCGGUGCCACCUUGCCCCAAUCCAGCGUACACCAAGGGUUGUGCCUGGAUGCUGAAGUGGCCUUAGCAACCGGGCAGCUCCUGGCCCCAAACAGCCAGCAGUCCAGCAGCGCGGCCUCCCACUGCUCCGAGUCCCGAGGCGAGACCCCCUGCUCGUUCAACGAGGAAGACGAGGAGGAUGACGAGGAGGACUCCUCCUCUCCAGAAUAAAGACGGGAGAAAAGUCACGUUUUCAUGUUUGACGCUCAUGUGUGUUUUUAGUGUGAGCUCGUUUUUGAAAUGAUUGCUUCAGUCUUUGCCUUUGUUUGCACUGUGUGCUCAGUGAGAACCGGAGAAACGCCGUAAGCAAAUCACGUGAAGGCCGAGUGGAUGGAGAUGAAAGUUGACGUAGCGCGCAUGAAAGCCCUGCCCGGCAGAGCGGUAGAUCACUCGCACACAGUCUGGUUUCUGAGGGGUAGAAGGGCGCGAUCCCCAAAGAAGCGGCAGCGUGAAUGAGGCUCGGUUAGCUUCCUGGCGGCCACGCAGUCACGUGAGGACGGAGACCGCCGCUGUUCCCUCCUUCCGUCCCUCGCCUGGGCUGCCUUUACCAGCAGAGGUUAACGGAUGUCCUCCUUGGGGGCUCCGGGGUGAGGGGCGCAGACGAACCGCGCAGCUUUUGGAAGUCGAGUUGAGAUGCUUUACGCAUCUGCUGCCUUAGACAGCUUCAGAGAGGAGGGAGCGCUAACUCUCACGUACUUAAGUGACACUUAGAAUAAUUUAUAGUAAAACUGAUACGAUCACUAUUAGCCAAUGCAUUGGUGCAUAGAGUUUACUAGGGCUACUUCUGGAAGCCAAAAUAGCAUCUCCAUGUGCAUUAACAUUUGCCAGCGCUGCCUUUUGCCGGCAUUCUAAAUCUGGAGUUCUGCAGAGAAGGGACCUGUGUCCGUAGUUUUAAUCCGAGCUCUGCGUUCCGUACAGCUUUCUCAUUUACAGUGAAGCGAAGCAGAUGCCUAUGACCAAGCCGCUCGCCUCCAGCGCUCCGCAGUAAUUGUGUGAUUUUACCCAGUGUGCAAUUUGUGAAAAUGAACCAAAUGUCAUUACUUUUGUCUUGAAAGAAAAAUCUAUUUCAAGAA